AUGCCAGUGCAGAGUGAUGUGAAUAAUGAGACAAUAGAGUUAUGUAUUGGAAUGGAGUUUCAAUCACUAGAUGAUGCUUUAAUGUGCUAUACUAAUUAUGCAAAACAAGAAGGUUUUGAAAUUCGCAAAAACCGCAUACAAAAGUCUAGAAAGAAUCAAAUGGUUAUUGGACAAGAGUUUGUUUGUUCAAAAGAAGGUUACCGUGCAAAAAAAUAUUUAGAGCGAGACAAUAAGAAAAAACCUCCAUCUGAUGAAACACGCAUGGGAUGCAAAGCCAUGAUUUAUGUAUCUAGAAAAGACGAAGACAAAUGGAUAAUAUCUAAAUUUACUAGAGAUCAUAAUCAUGUGCUUGCUUCUUCUAGUAGUGCUCGAUUUCAUCGAGUUCAUAGAAAGAGGACAAAAUCUCAAAGAAAUUUGAUUGACGUGCUUGAUGAAUCUGGAAUUCGUCCUAGUAAAAUAAUGUCAGUUUUGGUUACUGAAUCUGGAGGAAUAGAUAGGGUCGGUUGUACUGAGCGAGAUAUUCAAAAUUAUUUAAGUAACAAAAGGCAAAAGCAACUUGAGAAAGGAGAUGCACAAGCAAUGUUGAAUUAUUUUAAGGAGUGUCAAUCUAAAAAUCCAGGAUUUUUUUAUGCAAUACAAAUGGACACAGAAGGUCAACUAGCGAAUUGUUUUUGGGUAGAUUCAAGGUCUAGAGUGGCUUAUAAAUUUUUUGGAGAUGUUGUGACUUUUGACCCAACUUAUUUGACAAAUAGUUGGCUUGAGAAGUUGUAUUCCAUUCGUGAAAAAUGGAUUCCUGCUUAUGUACUUACUAGUUUUUGUGCUGGAAUGUCUACUACUCAAAGAAGUGAAAGUAUGAAUAAGUACUUUAAAGAUUAUAUAAAUGCUAAUACACCAAUAAGUAAGUUUGUUGUUCAAUAUGACAAGGCUCUUGACGCAAGGUACAAUAAAGAAAGGGAGAAAACCUUCAAAACAUUGAAUUCAAAACCUAUCUUAAAGACAUUGUACCCAAUGGAGGAAGAAGCUUCAAAUGUUUAUACAAGAAAGAGGUUUAGAAUGUUUCAAGACGAAUUGAUUCAUUCUCAGCAAUUUGUUGCAAAAAAAAUUAUUACUAUUGAGCAUGAGUCUGUAUAUAGGGUGCAUGAGUUUGACAAAGAAAAAUCAGAGUACAUAGUGACAUUCAUGAGUUCGUCAACAACCAUAGAGUGCUCAUGUCACAUGUUUGAAUUUUUGGGCAUCCUUUGUAGACAUCAGUUGAUGGUUCUUAUCAAGAAAAAUGUGUACUCUUUACCGAAGCACUACAUUUUAAAAAGGUGGACAACAGAUGCUAAAAAGGGAGAAAUUACAAGCACAUCAAAUAAAGAAGAGAUGAGUGAUGUCAAUAUGUGUUCAACAACAUUGUUUAAUAAUAUCAUGGUUCACUCAUUACAACUUUCUGAAAAAGUUUCACGUUCAAAAAAGCAUUAUGACACCACAAUAGAAGGCAUGCAAUGUUUAUUCAAAAAGUUAGAUGCAUUGAAGAUUGAUGAUGGCAUAACUAGUAGCACUGGUUGUUUGACAAGCAUCAUAAGUCAUCAAGAUGAUGAUGAUAAUAAUGUAGCAAUGCGCGAUCCUCCUCGUGUGACUACUAAAGGUCGUCCUCAGUCUAUCAGAAUGAAAGGAGCUUUAGAGCUUAAAAGUAAUGGAGUUACAUGUUCAACUUGCAAAAAGAAAGGGCAUACCAAGCAUACUUGUACACUGAAAAAUAAAAAUAUGAUGGACAACAAUCGCCAAUUGGGACAAAUGAAAAGAACUGAUUUUGAUGAGAAUAAUGAAGACAUAAAGAAAUGUGGCUCGUUUUAUGUUUCAUCGUCCUAG